AUGUCAGUGCCAACAAGAACUUACAUGGUCAGCCAAGAAUCGCUUGUUCAAUCAGUACCCUUACAGCCUGUCUACGAGACUGCAGACAUCCUAACUCCGGUUGUGCAGACUGUACCCACCCAACAGACAGUGGAGCCGCAGCUGCCUGUGCCAACAACUAGCACUACAGCAGAUCUUCCCAGAAUAACAAUGUCAAACAAUUCCCCCAGUCUAGGCCCACACAACAGCAGUUCCGCCCAAGAUUCCCACAGCGAGCAAUUCGACCUACACAAUAAGUUAUGGGAUUUAGGCCAUUCUCCAAUUAAAACCAACAAUCUUCACAAAUUAUUAAUAAAUUAUCCUGACAGAAAAGUUGCCAACAUAUUAGGGCAGGGUUUUGAGAAAGGGUUUUUGUUAAAUUAUCAGGGCCCUAGAGUAAGGGUUGAAUAUAAAAAUAUGAAGUCUGCAAUUCAACACUCUAGCGAUCUAGAAGAAAAGAUUAAGAAGGAAAUUGGAUUAGACAGUUCAGGGUCGGUUGGGUGUGGUGUUGUUUUUGGCGAUGAAUGGAGUGUGUUAGUUUGGCCAGCAAGUUGGUCUCAGGAGAUAAAGAAGGAUAUUACUUUGUUGGAGCUCAUUCCAAUAUUGUUAGUUAGAUGCAAAUUUAUUUUGUUCAAAAUCGUUUCAGAUUGCAUAUGGAUCAUUGGUUCAUCUUUGAUAUUUUGGGCUCAGAAAUAUGCUCAACAGAGAAUGCUUAACAACCUGGGAUUUGAAUCACAUAGGAUAAUUUGGCAUGGAAUAAGGGGUAUGGUUUGGUCACAGCUUUAUCCAACUAUCCAAAAGAAAUUAAAAGAUAAUAACCCACCAACAAUCCUAGUAAUACACUGUGGUGGCAAUGAUAUUGGUAAUCCGCAUAAUACGUUGAAGGGUUUACAAAUGUACAUGAAAUCUACCAUUGUAAAUAUUUCACAAUUAAUGCCAAAGACAGUUAUUGUUUGGUCUCAUAUUUUACCACGAAGUAAUUGGACCUUAUGUCUUUCUAACAAUGAUGGAGAAAAUUGGAGAAGAAGAAUCAAUUCUGCACUUGCUACUUUUGUUGUUAAGAAAAUGUGUGGGGCCUCCAUUAAAUAUCCUGAUAUUUUAAAAAGACAUGUAGCCCUUUUUCGCAAAGAUGGUGUACACUUGUCAGACUUGGGUAAUGACUUGUUCGUGAAUUCUUUAAGAAAUGCUCUGGGGGUGUUUUUGUCAACCACUGACAGAUUUUAUCCUACUACUCCCACAUGUACUUGUUAAGUCUUGUCAUGGCCAAUCCUUGAAGUUGUGAAGUUGCAUAUUUGAAAAUUGAAUUGUAUACAACUACUGGUUGAGUGUUAAAUUGAUAAAUAUGUAUUUGUAUUGAUGAAUGCAAAAUUGAC